AUGGCAGUCAAAGCAAUCGUAUUUGGACCUACUGGCAACAUCGCCUCAGUCGCAGCCCGCACAGCAAAGGAGAAUGGAGCUGAAGUCGCUCUUGCCAUGCGAGAUCCUUCCAAAACCAUCCCAGGUCUCAGCUCUGAGGACGAGAAAGCUGGCGGCUAUACCAGAGUGCAAGCCGAUCUGACAAAGCCAGAAACCGUGAAAGCCGCAAUCGAGAAGACUGGAGCAAAACAUGCAUUCAUCUACGCAGCACAUGGCUCCAAAGACGCCAUGAAAUCGACCUUGGAAGCAAUGAAGAGUGGCGGAGUCGAGUUCGUGGUCUUCCUCAGCAGCUUUACAAUCAGCGAGCCAAAAGAAGAAAUUCCACCAGAAGAGGUCAUACCGUAUAUUCACGCCACAGUCGAGGUCUCUCUCGAUCAAGUCUUUGGGGAAGCGAACUACGUAGCCAUUCGACCCGGUGGCUUCGCGACCAACGUUCUACGAUGGUCACCCCAAGUAAAGACCGGCGAGGUCAAGCUAUAUGGUCCCAACUUCGCGAUGGAUUGCAUUACACCAGGAGAUAUGGGUCGAGUCAGUGGGAUUAUUCUUGCAAAGGGCGUACAGUAUGACCAGCGCAAGGUCUACUUAUACGGACCGAAACCACUUUCUCAGAAAGAGAUGGCAGAGGUAAUUGCCAAAGUCAUUGGUAAAAAUGUCAAAGUCUCGGGAUCCACACCUGAGGAAGCUACCGAGCAAUUCAAAGCCGCUGGAGUGCCUAUGCCCGUCAUCAAUUACAUGAUCAAACGGUUGGGCGACAACAAAGCCGAACAAGCCCCUCGUACACGCUACGAAGAAGGCUUGGGAAAUGUGAGGAAGUAUACUGGGCAGGAAGCAGAAACAUUCGAGCACUGGGUCUCGGAGAACAAGGAGCUAUUCGUUUAG